AGAAGCAAAACUCAGAGGGUUCAACCCUGUCAGAAUUCUAGAAUUUAUAAGCAAUGUAUUUUGAAAGGAGACACAGAAUCCCAGGAUCAGGAACCAGCCAAAAUGACCAGUGGAGUGCUGUGUUUCUGGAUGGUUAUCGAGCUCUGUCUGACCCACGCCAUAUCAAAUACUGUGAGGGGUUUUUUGGGUCACUCCGUACAGUUGCCUUGUUCCUACAGAGUUAAAAAUAGACAGACUCAUGUGAUGUGCUGGGGAAAGGAUACAUGUCCCAAUAGCAAAUGCAGUGCAGAGAUUAUCAGGACUAAUGGAAAACGAGUGUCAUGGUCAAAGUCUUCAAAAUAUGAACUUCAAGGAAAUAUCCAGAGAGGUGAUGUGACCCUGACAAUCAAAAACACAAAUGAAGGCGAUAUUGGCACAUACUGUUGUCGCGUAGAGGUGCCUGGGUGGUUUAAUGAUAUCAAAAAGGAAGUGGUUCUGCACCUGCAGAAAGCUCCAACUACAACUACUCGUCAGACUACAACUACUCCUCUGACUACUACUACUCCUCUGACUACAACAACUCAUCUACCUACAACUACUCAGUUGGCUACAACUGCUCUUGCUGCUACAACUGCUCUUCCUGCUAUAACUACUCAUCUGGCUACAGCAACUUGUCCAACUACAAUAGCCACAACAGCUCUCCAAAUGACCACUUCAGCCAUGUCUAACCUAACAACUAUAAUGACACACCAAUCGACUACAGUCACUCUCGAAUCAACAACAGCAGUUCUUCCUCGGAAAUCAACUUCUAAUCAAGCGAUAACCCCGGCUCUGACCACUUUCCCAUUGACAGAAGUUGCUCCUGUGACUACAGACACCACAAGUUUUCCGAAAAAUGAUUCUGAACUCGAAGAGAUAAGAGCUUCCAGAGAUCCUGAACUACUGAUAAUUAUAGUCCCACUGGUGGGUUUUGUGAUCCUCCUGAUGCUGCUGGCUUUUAUUUUGAGAGGUAAAAUCAUAAGAAAGAAUCAUUCCAUUACACACAAAAGGUCAAACAAUGCUGGAGAAGAUAGCAAUGCUCUUAGCACCCUGCCUAGUACGAUAGAAGAAGAUGAAGAAGGCUUUUUUAACCUCUGAGAACUUUCAUUUGGAGAAGCACCCAGGUUUGUCCAUCUCGGAACUCCAAAGGAGCUGAACCAGGGACAUCAUUAGGAAAAGCUUCACCAGGCAUUACACACCAUCGUGGUAAAUCUGAUUGCUUGGACCUCGUAGGCUCAGAAGAUGUGGGUGUGGGCCAUACUGCCUUGGAUUUCACUGUUUCAUGAGUCUGCUCCAUGCUGCCAUCACAGCUGUCCUAUUUUCUCUCUGCUGAACAUCUAUUGCCAGCAUCAUAUCCCAUGAACCAUCCUGCCUUCCUUCCUUUUGUUUGUAUUAUUGGCUGGAAUGUCUUGUUCCACUUCCUUAGAAGAAUUCUUAAAAAGGAGAUACCAGUCCUUGACCCCCAAGCUUGGCUGGCUAUCAACUUCUUCAUUUGUAAAAUGACAGGUUCGACAAGAUUUCCUUUCAACUCUGCAGUGUUCUGAGCCUGAGAUCCUGGUCAUUUAGUGUCAGCAUUUCUGUUUGCUUAUUUGCGUGAUGGAAACAUUUUGAAUUACCAGUAACUUUUCUCCCUGUAAACUGGUCUGCCUCCUCUUUUCUCAUGGAGCAUAUUUUUUUUUUAACAGGAUUUCUUUCUUUUUUCCUUCUGGCUCAAAAUUUGAUAAUCCUGUGAUCUUCUAUAUCGGUGGCAUGCUUCUUUCUAGUUGUAUAGCUUAGAGCAAGUCUUCAUUUCUCUGGACCUCAAUUUCCUAUCUAUAAAAUGAAAGGGAUAGAGUAGAUAGUCUCCAAGUUCCCUUAACAUUUUAUGAUUCCUGUUUGGAAAUUGUCCUUAAACCCUGAAGCAUACUCUUGUGUAAUUUUACUGGUGGAAAUCCUUUUUCCUUUAAGGGCAAAUUUAAUUUUUGGAAAAAGUUCAAAUUCUAAGCUAAAUAUGGUGAAUGAGGUGGAUGAUCAAGCUGGGGAAUACCAUUUUUGUUAUAAUGUGAGGUAGGGGCAUACAAUAAAGAGCUUGAUUUUGUGGUGUGAUCUGUAA